UAUAUUUUUAGAGGUAUGACCAUCGACCAGUAAACUGCUAAGUAGGUACGUUGCGACUUGCGAUUUGCGGCUAGUAAGUGUGUACCGAUAUUAACGUUUAUAGUGUAGCCUGCCGGCCGCUUAGAUAAACGCUGACUGCCACUGUUGUUGGGUUGGUCUGAAGCCAACAAAAUCUUUACUUAUUUUAUUUUUGGACAUAUCUUGCCAAGUUUUUGUUUUUGUCGGCGCUCACAAUACUGUAACGAUGGGAGGCAAACAUUCAAAGAUGGACCCUAUGGAAGUUGAGGUGCCCGAACUGAAAAAUCAGCUGGACCGCGAUCCAUACUUGAAGCCGUAUGAGCGCGAAUUCAGACGGAGAUAUGGUUGUUUCCUCGAUUACUUGGAAAGAGUAAAAUCAGAUUGUGGUUUAGAAACAUUUACUACAAGUUACAAAUCAUUUGGUAUUCACUUCAAAGAUGAUGGAUCAGUGUAUUGCUUGGAAUGGGCUCCUGGAGCAAAACAAUUGUAUCUUGCUGGUGAUUUUAAUGAUUGGAAUAGGGAAAACACACCUUACACAAAACUUGAAUAUGGAAAAUGGGAAUUAACAAUACCACCAAAAAGUGAUGGGUCGCCGUCUAUUAAUCAUUUGUCUGAAAUAAAAAUUGUUGUUGAAACUCAUCACGGGGAAAAACAUGAUCGUAUAUCACCUUGGGCUACGUACGUAGUUCAACCACCAAAAGAGCAAGGAGUGACUUUUAAGCAUAGAGUUUGGAAUCCAUCUGAUCACGUAUACAAAUUUAAACAUGCUAAAGUACCCAAGCCAGCAAGUUUAAGAAUAUAUGAAUGCCAUGUUGGUAUUGCUACAUCUGAGUAUAAAGUGGGAACAUACCAAGAAUUUAAAGAUAAAAUGCUCGAUAGAAUUGUUGAUUUGGGAUACAAUACAAUUCAAAUAAUGGCGAUAAAGGAACAUGCUUAUUAUGCAUCAUUUGGCUAUCAAGUAACCAGUUUUUUUGCAGCAUCUAGUCGUUUUGGAACACCAGCAGACCUUAAAGAGUUAGUAGAUGUUGCACAUAGUAAAGGUUUAUAUGUGAUGUUAGAUGUAGUACACUCUCAUGCAUCCAAAAACGUUUUGGAUGGUUUGAAUCAGUUUGAUGGUACAAACGCAGGAUAUUUCCAUGAUGGACCUAAAGGAAAUCAUCCGCUUUGGGAUAGUAGACUAUUUAAUUAUUCUGAGUAUGAAGUUUUAAGAUUUUUGUUAUCCAAUUUACGCUGGUACGUUGAGGAAUAUCAUUUUGACGGCUUCAGAUUUGAUGGUGUAACUUCUAUGUUGUAUCAUUCUCGAGGAGUACAGGGGUUCAGCGGACAUUACGAUGAUUAUUUCGGACUCAAUGUCGAUACUGAUGCACUAGUUUACCUAAUGUUAGCAAAUGAUAUUCUCCACACCUUUUAUCCAGAAUGUGUUACUGUAGCAGAAGAUGUCUCCGGAAUGCCAUCUACUUGUCGUCCUGUUAGAGAAGGAGGACUGGGAUUUGAUUAUCGCUUAGGAAUGGCUAUACCUGAUAUGUGGAUCAAGUUACUAAAAGAAUUUAAGGAUGAUGAUUGGAACAUGGGAGAUAUAGUUCACACACUUGCUAAUAGAAGAUGGAUGGAGAAAACUGUUGCAUAUGCUGAAUCCCAUGACCAGGCUCUUGUUGGUGAUAAAUCAGUGGCAUUUUGGUUAAUGGACAAAGAAAUGUAUACUCAUAUGUCUAUUACUAGUGAUCCGUCAUUAAUUAUUGAUAGAGGAAUUGCACUUCACAAAAUGAUUCGAUUAAUCACUCACAGUCUGGGUGGUGAAGCUUAUUUGAAUUUCAUUGGCAAUGAAUUUGGUCAUCCCGAGUGGUUAGAUUUUCCUCGGGAGGGUAAUCAAAGUUCGUAUCAUUAUGCACGACGACAAUGGAAUCUAGUUGAUAAUGAACUUCUAAAAUAUAAAUUUUUGAAUAAUUUUGAUAGAAGCAUGAAUAAACUAGAAAGCAAAUAUGGAUGGUUGAGUGCUAAUCCAGGUUAUGUAAGCUUGAAACACGAAGAUGAUAAAGUAAUAGCUUUCGAAAGAAAUAACCUCUUGUUUGUGUUCAAUUUUCACCCUACUAAAAGUUUCACGGAUUACAAAAUAGGUGUUGAUUUACAAGGUUCUUUAAGAAUUGUUUUGAACAGUGAUGACUCAGAAUUUGGUGGACAUUGUCGUAUUGAUAACAAUAUUAAAUAUUCAACACACUCUGGUCAAUGGAGUGAACGCCAAAAUCAUAUUUAUUUGUAUUUGCCUUCUAGGACUGCAGUGGUCUUUGCAUCCGACUAAACUCAAUGUUCAACUUGUGAAUCAUGAUUUUCACAUUUACUUUCCAAACACAAUGAGAAAUUAAUUUAAUAUUAUUGUUAAUUUUUUAAAUUAUUAUUGAGUGAACACUUGCAUUUUUUUUUAAAUUAUAAAUAAUAAUAUUUUAUAUUUGUUUACUACUUUUAUUAUUAUUACACAUAUGUAUACGUUUUGUAUCAACAUCUUAAAUAUUUAUUUUUUUAAGUCUGAAU